AUGGAGCACCUCCUAGAUAACUGCUGUACAGUCAGAGCUGCAGAGAAUGCAGCCUCCAUAAGAUCCGCAGUGGACGAGGCCAAGAAUCCAGCCUUCCCAGCUCCGUCCUGUGAGGUCAUCUGUAGGGAGCUCGAUGCUACAGCAACAGUAUUGGCCAACCGACAAGAUGAAAGUGAGCAGUCUCGGAAGAGGCUCAUUGAACAAAGUCGAGAGUUCAAGAAAAACACUCCAGAGGAUUUACGCAAGCAGGUAGCUCCUUUGUUGAAGAGUUUCCAAGGAGAGAUUGAUGCACUGAGUAAAAGAAGCAAAGAAGCCGAGGCAGCCUUCUUGAAUGUCUAUAAGAGAUUAAUUGAUGUCCCAGAUCCGGUCCCAGCUCUGGACCUCGGGCAGCAGCUCCAGCUCAAGGUCCAGCGGAUGCACGAUAUUGAAACCGAAAACCAGAAGCUAAGGGAGACUCUGGAGGAAUACAACAAAGAAUUUGCUGAGGUGAAAAAUCAAGAGGUUACGAUAAAAGCACUUAAAGAGAAAAUCCGGGAAUAUGAGCAGACCCUGAAGAACCAGGCGGAGAACAUCGCUCUGGAGAAGGAGCAAAAGCUGCAGAAUGACUUUGCAGAGAAGGAGAGAAAGUUGCAAGAAACACAGAUGUCUACCGCCUCUAAGCUGGAGGAAGCCGAGCAGAAAGUCCAAACUUUACAAACAGCCCUGGAAAAAACUCGGACAGAAUUAUUUGACCUGAAAAGCAAAUACGAUGAAGAAACGGCUGCCAAGGCCGACGAGAUCGAGAUGAUCAUGACCGACCUGGAGAGAGCGAACCAGAGGGCAGAGGUGGCUCAGAGAGAAGCGGAGACCUUAAGGGAACAGCUCUCGUCAGCCAACAAAUCCCUCCAGCUCGCUACUCAGAUCCAGAAGGCCCCCGAUGUGGAGCAGGCGAUAGAGGUACUGACCCGCUCCAGCUUGGAAGUGGAACUGGCCGCCAAGGAGCGCGAGAUCGCCCAGCUCGUGGAGGACGUCCAGCGGCUCCAGGCCAGCCUGACGAAGCUCCGAGAGAACUCGGCCAGCCAGAUCUCGCAGCUCGAGCAGCAGCUCAGUGCCAAGAACAGCACCCUCAAACAACUGGAAGAAAAACUGAAGGGCCAGGCCGACUACGAGGAGGUGAAGAAGGAGCUCAACAUCCUGAAAUCCAUGGAAUUUGCCCCAUCGGAAGGCGCUGGGACACAGGAUGCGUCCAAGCCACUGGAUGUCUUGCUGCUGGAGAAGAACCGCUCUCUGCAGUCGGAGAACGCCACCCUGCGCAUUACCAAUAGUGACCUGAGCGGGUCAGCCAGGAGAAAAGGGAAAGACCAGCCUGAGAAUCCGCGCCCUGGAGCUUUGCCGGCCUCCCCUCCUUCUCAGUUGCCCCGCAACCCAGGGGAGCAGGUUUCCAAUACUAAUGGUACCCACCAGUUCUCACCAACGGGUUUAAGUCAAGACUUUUUCAGCUCAUCCCUGGCAAGCCCCAGCCUCCCCCUGGCUUCUACAGGAAAAUUUGCACUAAACUCUCUCCUCCAGCGACAGCUAAUGCAGUCCUUCUACUCCAAGGCCAUGCAGGAAGCCGGAAGCACAAGCAUGAUUUUUCCAACAGGUCAAUACAGCACAAACUCCAUCCCCUCCCAAAGUCCAUUACAACAAAGCCCCGACGUAAACGGGCUGGCCCCGUCCCCCAGCCAGUCCGAAGGCGCCGGCAGCGUCUCCGAAGGCGAGGAGAUGGACACGGCCGAGAUCGCGCGCCAAGUGAAAGAGCAGCUGAUUAAGCACAAUAUCGGACAGCGCAUAUUUGGACAUUAUGUCUUGGGCCUGUCGCAAGGCUCCGUGAGCGAGAUCCUGGCCCGGCCAAAGCCGUGGAACAAGCUGACCGUGCGCGGCAAGGAGCCCUUCCACAAGAUGAAGCAGUUCCUGUCAGACGAGCAGAACAUCCUGGCUCUCCGGAGUAUCCAGGGCCGACAAAGAGAAAAUCCAGGCCAGAACCUGAACAGACUAUUUCAGGAAGUGCCGAAGCGAAGAAAUGGGUCCGAAGGUAACAUCACGACUCGGAUCCGAACCACUGAGACUGGCUCCGAUGAAGCCAUCAAGUCAAUUCUGGAGCAAGCCAAAAGGGAGCUCCAAGUACAAAAGACAGCAGAGCCAGCCCAGCCGUCCUCGGCCUCGAGCAGCGGGAACUCCGACGACGCCAUCCGCUCCAUCCUGCAGCAAGCGCGCCGGGAGAUGGAGGCCCAGCAAGCGGCCCUGGACCCUGCCUUAAAGCCGCCGCCCCUGUCUCAAGCGGACGUGUCCAUCCUCUCCCCCAAAAUCCUCAGCACGUCGCCGAUGUCCUCCGUGUCCAGCUACUCUCCUCUGGCCAUCUCGCUGAAGAAGCACUCGGCGGGGGCGGACGCCAGCCUCUCUGCUCUGCAGAACCUCUCAGGUCUCAAGAAGGAGUCCCAGGAGGGCGCCGUGCUGGAGCUCCACGGGGUGGCCGACGCCGCGCAGGGCGUGCUGCGACACGUCAAGAACGAGCUGGGCCGGGGUGGGGUCUGGAAGGACCACUGGUGGAACACUGUGCAGCACGAGCGGAGGAACGCAGCUCCCCCCGAGGAGGCCAAGGCCGAGGAGGCCGGCGGCGCCAAGGAAAAGGCCGGUGGUGGCGGCCAGCCCCGGCCCGAGCGCGGCCAGCUCCAAGGACCCUCGUCCUCCGAGUACUGGAAGGAGUGGCCCAGCGCAGAGUCUCCCUACUCGCAGAGCUCGGAGCUGAGCCUGACGGGGGCCAGCCGCAGCGAGACCCCCCAGAACAGCCCUCUGCCCUCCUCCCCCAUCGUCCCCAUGUCCAAGCCAUCCAAGCCCUCCGUCCCUCCGCUGACCCCGGAGCAGUACGAGAUCUACAUGUACCAGGAAGUGGACACGAUCGAGCUGACACGCCAGGUCAAGGAGAAGCUGGCCAAGAACGGCAUCUGCCAGAGGAUCUUCGGGGAGAAGGUUUUGGGCCUCUCACAGGGCAGCGUCAGUGACAUGCUGUCAAGGCCGAAGCCGUGGAGCAAACUGACCCAGAAGGGCCGCGAGCCGUUCAUUCGGAUGCAGCUGUGGCUCAACGGCGAGCUGGGGCAGUGCGUCCUGCCGGUGCAGGGCCAGCCGCCAGGACAAGUCCUCCACUCGGUGACGGCGAUGCAGGACUCCCUCCAGCAGGGCUGCGUGAGCUCAGACAGCACUCCAAAGACCUCCGCCAGUUGUAGCCCUGCCCCGGAGUCGCCCAUGAGCUCCAGCGAGUCCGUGAAGAGUUUGACCGAGCUGGUCCAGCAGCCGUGCCCGGCCAUCGAAACGAGCAAGGACGGGAAAGGCCAGGACCCCGGGGAGCCCCCCGCCUCCGACUCCCAGCCCACGACGCCGCUGCCGCUCUCCGGACACUCGGCCCUCAGCAUUCAAGAACUGGUCGCCAUGUCUCCGGAACUGGACACGUACGGCAUCACCAAGAGGGUCAAGGAGGUGCUCACAGACAACAACCUCGGUCAGCGCUUGUUUGGGGAGACAAUCUUAGGGCUCACCCAAGGCUCCGUCUCAGACCUUCUCGCUCGCCCCAAGCCCUGGCACAAGCUCAGUUUAAAGGGAAGGGAGCCCUUCGUCCGGAUGCAGCUGUGGUUGAAUGACCCCAACAACGUGGAAAAGUUGAUGGACAUGAAGCGGAUGGAGAAGAAAGCCUACAUGAAGCGGAGGCACAGCUCGGUGAGCGACAGUCAGCCCUGCGAGCCGUCCUCCGUGGGCCUCGACUACAGCCAGGGCGCCAGCCCGCAGCCCCAGCACCAGCUGAAGAAGCCCCGCGUGGUGUUGGCCCCGGAAGAGAAGGAAGCUCUCAAGCGGGCCUAUCAGCAAAAGCCAUACCCAUCACCAAAAACCAUCGAGGAGCUCGCCACCCAGCUCAACCUGAAGACCAGCACCGUCAUCAACUGGUUCCACAACUACAGGUAG